AUGAGUAUUGAUCCGGGAGAAAGAGAUGUACGAUUGUCGUACAGGUAUAUACCAAACUUUAUAACCCAGGAAGAAGAGGAAUAUCUCCUUCGCAAGAUAUCGGAGACUCCUCAGCCAAAAUGGAAGAAUGUCACUGGUCGAAGAUUACAAAUUUGGGGCGGGGAUCUGGGACCAGGAGGCACGCUGCUCGCCCAGCCACUUCCACCCUUUAUCAAUUCCUUCCCAAAUCUUGUGGAACGCAUUGCCGCUACAAAAACCUUUCAAGACUCGGCUCAUCAAGGACCAAAUCAUGUCAUUAUCAACGAGUAUAAACCAGGAGAAGGGAUAAUGCCACACGAAGACGGUCCAGCGUACCAUCCAGUGGUAGCGACUAUUUCGCUCGGAAGUCAUGCUGUAUUUCAUUACCUUCGAUACAAGCCAGACGAUGCCUCUAUCGAUGAUGAUGGAGAGGUGCGCGAUAACAGCACCGACAUGAAGACGAGCAAAGGCAAGGUCAUCGACAAAACGCCUGUGCUGUCGCUCCUUCUCGAACCGAGGAGCGUCAUUAUAACCAGCGGCACAUUGUACAAGGAUCAUUUACACUGGAUUGAGGAUGUCGCCGUCGACCACAUUGCCGGCGCAGACGAGACUGCUCAACCAGACGCUGAGGAGAACCGUACGAAUGCAGUGGAUUCUUCUCUUGACGUCGGGUCUCCUCCACCCAGAUAUCGGAUGGACAACUGGGAGCAGGUUACCGGAGAGAGGGAAAAGGAGGUCGUGCGAAGUGGAGGUGUACUUGAACGGGGAACUCGAGUCAGUCUUACAUGCCGGGACGUUGCCAAAGUGCGCAAAAUUGGUUUGCUCAAGCGGUGA